AUGGGAAAGGGUACGAAUUUCUGUUUAAAUGAGUGCAGCACAAAUUUCGAAAUUUGCGAAUUCAAAGUGAAUAAGGGAUAUGCCAUUGUCAGUUCGCUGAUAAGUUUUUGGAUUCCCGGUGUCACCAUGGUAUUGAUGUAUUUUCGCAUUUACAAAGAAGCUGUUCGGCAAGAGAGACUCGUUUACAGAUCUAAAGUCGCCGCUCUACUAUUGGACAAACAUUUGCAGAUUAGCCAAAUACCCAAACCGCGUCCGAGUAUCCAAGUCGAACAGUCAACAAUUACCACAAUGCGUCGGGAGCGUAAAGCCGCACGAACGCUUGGAAUUAUAAUGAGCGCUUUUCUACUCUGUUGGGCACCGUUCUUCCUCUGGUAUUUGACGUCAGCACUCUGCUCUAACUGUAAAACACCACGCAUUGUUGUUGGCGUACUCUUUUGGAUCGGCUACUUCAAUUCAGCCUUGAAUCCAAUCAUUUAUGCUUACUUCAAUCGUGAUUUUCGCGGCGCAUUCAAGAAAACUUUGAAGUCCUGCUGUCCAUACGACCUCAUAAAUUGUCGUGUCAGCGCGGGCGCUGACCUACCGCCGUACAUCAAUUCGACCGCCUCCUCCGAAAUACACAUGCACAUAAUACGUACACGUCAGUACGCUACAUCGUCAUCGAAUCAGCUGCAGCCGUUAUACCAAAAUUAA